AUGGAGAAGGGAAUCCAGUACCUGAGGAAAUUAGCCAUAUCGGAGGUGAUUUAUAGGGACCUAAACAACAAACAAAUAUCCACAGAUCCAGAUGAAAUGUACACAAUCCAUGUGGCAGAAGUUUGUACAGAGUGUACCAUCAUCAUAUGCCAGCUCAUUGGCAAAAUCAAUGGUGUGCAGACCAUAACUCUCCAUCACUCGGAAGAGGAGGCACUUAGGAGAAGUGCCUAUCAGCCACAAAAAUGCCGCGUCGAAGCCAAGAGCAGCACGGGCCGCUGCCUGCCCAAGCGCUGGCUUCUUGCCAGCCUCACUGCGCGCACUGCACCGAUCAGCGCUCCGCGUCCGCUGCUUAACGACCGUCUCCAGGCAGCGGCGGCGGCCGCCAUGCCGGGCGGGCGGCGGGACGUGCUGGGGGUGCGCAUCGCCCCGGCCCUGCUGCGCUUCGGGGCCGCGCUGCCGGGGCGCCGCUACCGCGCCGCGCUCAGCGUCCGCAACCUGCGCGCCGGGAGCUGCCGCCUCCGGCUGCUGCCGCCGCGCCGGCCCCAGUUUAAACUGAUUGUGGAAAACCCAGAGAAACCUGUUGCACCUGGGCUUCAAGUCAAAGCUGUUGUAGAAUAUUAUCCUGAGAGUGAGGAAGACCUCGAAGACAGACUACUACUUUUAAUAGAAGAAGAUGUAGUUGAUAUCCCCCUGCUUGGGUAUGGAGGUCAAAAAUUAAUUCCACGCUGUUAUCUGGAAACUGAGUCUGAGAUUAAUUUUGGUACAGUGACUGCAAACAGUAAAGUAAUUACUAAAGAGAUUAGUAUUGCUAACCAUGGAUCAUCAUCAGGUACAUUUAAGAUAUCAUAUGAUGGGGUUGUCUUGCUUAACAUAGAACCUACCAGUGGAGUGGUGGAGCCUGAUUCUUUAACGGUGGUUAAAGUGGAUAUCUGUACAGAUGUCCCAAGAGUCAUCAAAGAAGUGAUAAAAGUGGAGUUGGAAGGACGUGGCUGCACUGAAGUAUGCAUCAAAGCUGUUGUGGUUGAACAAAUUCUGAAAGUUCUAGGAGUGUCUUGUGGAAAUGUAUUGGAAUGCAUUAAUUUUGGAUCGGUUUACUUUGGGUCUUCAAAGACUGAACAAAUAUGUUUAUACAAUAAAAGUCCAGAGUGUAUGGACUGGGUAGCAAUACUGGAAGACAAUGGCAUUGGAGGAGAGAUGGGAACAGAUCUUCAGAGGAGUGCAGAUGCUGUUUUACAAGAUUUAAGCCUCAUAAGUAAAACAGAAGAUGUAAAUGUUUCCACUUUGAUCCUGUGCUUUCCCAAUCAAGGAACCUUGCUACCUUAUGAGAAAUCUUUUCUUACAUUGUGCUUUAGUCCAAAGAAAUUUAAAAAGGCCUUUGGAGUGAAUGACUUGUCACCAAACCAAGAUUAUGUACUGUUUCUGAGAUUUGAGGCUGUUGGGAAUAAAGAUGGCUACCUGAAGGCCUGUGGUGAUGGUACCACACCGAUCACAAUGAAUCAUCCUCAUCACACUGAGUUGGCUUUGAAAGGUUCUGGGAUUCCUGUCAUGUUAACUUUUAAUCCAGGACCAGUUAUUAAGUUUAUGGACUGUUUCUCGGGUGAACAAACACAAGUUCUGUGCACACUCAAAAAUGAAUCUGAGUGCCUUCCAGUAAAAUUCAGUUUCCGCAAGACUGCUCACUUUAAUAUUUCUCCUGAAAAAGGAAAAAUAAAAAAAUGUUCUACAAAGGAUGUGAUAUUUUCAUUUUCUCCGCAUCAAAUAGGAACAUUUAAAGUGAAGCAAGUUGUUGAUAUCAUUGGUACAGGACUAGAAAAAAAUAAUUUACAGGUUUCGAAGACAAAAUCUUUUCACCAAAUAUACCUGAGCUUGAUUGGUGUGUGCAAAUCUAAGCCAAAAAACAUUCUAUUCAAAAUUAAUCCUGGUAUAACACCAAUGAUUUCCAAUGCAACUGGACAAUUUGUAGCUGAUGGCACAGGACUGUGCACUGAUAUUGCACCUGUGGCAAUACUUAAAUCAACCCAAACACAAAUCCAUACUCACCAGAUAAACAGAAAUUGUAAGGGUGAUGCAUUUAUAGCUUUUCCUAAUGACCGCUCAGCCAGCAUUAGGCCUAGCGAACGGAAUAAAAAAUACAGGACUAUUUUUACGAAGACUGAGAGAUAUAAUUACAUAGAUCCACAGUUUUCUUAUACUGACUAUGAACGACUGUUAAAAGAAGUACACAAGGAAUACUAUGCCAAUUUCAUUUCAAGUUUAAGGCAGCGUCGCUUGCAGAAAGAUGUCACCAGGCAGUUUUAUAUUUAUAAUAAUUCUGUGAACAUAGGCCUUAAACCUGCAGAAGGACUUGUGUCACCACAGAUCUCAAUCACAGAUUUUCACAAGGAGGAGUUACAGUUCAAAAUGCUUCCUUUAGACGAGAAUUGCCUAUUAACUAGUCAAAGACUGGCAGCAAGUGCUUCUAAAUCUUCAAUCAAAGAAAUUUGGAGCGGGCUUCGUGUUAUGCCAUCUUCUACCCAAGAGAAGGAAGAUUGUAGUCUAACUUUGACACCCAAACAGCUUCAUCAAAUACUAAUUGGUCCUUCUACUAUGGACUUUGGUGAUGUUUGUGUGUACUCUACAACUGCCAGAAAACUACAUAUCGUCAAUAACUUGUUAGUCCAUAUAUGGAUACAAAUUGAGAUUGAAAUAGAUGAACUAGAGCAGACAAGUCCACUGUGUCAGGUGGUGCCUCCUCUUACAAAGACUUAUAUUCCAGUAGUCUUUGAGACAAACAAGCUUGGAAUGUUUAAAAGAUCUUUUACUUACACAAUAAACAACAAACAUCCGGGGCAUGUGCUGGUCAUUGCAAAUGCAGUGUCUGUUGAACUUCAGUUGUCUGAAAGGGAACUGAUUUUAAAUCCUAUUCCUGGCUACCUGGCAGAGACAGAAUUUAGAACAACUGUCAGGGUAUACAAUACCAGAAACCAUUCUGCUGAGUUUACUUGGAAACCUGUAACUACAGAUAAGGGAACUGCAUUUUCUAUACAGCCAGCCAAAGGCUUUGUGGAGCCCUAUAGAGACUUAGAGUGUGAAGUUGUUUGGCAUCCAGGGUUCAACUCCCCAGAAGCAGGAGAAUUCAACUUGUGUGUGCGUAAAGGAAACACAAUUAAGUUGAAAUGUUUUGCAAAGCUUGGUACCACGAAAGUUCAGUUUAUAGAACAAAGGAUACCGUUCAGUCAUUGUCCAAUGGGUUUAUCUACUUGUAAGACAGCCAUUCUUCAAAACACAGGAUACAAUCAUGCCUACUUCCAAGUCCUUCAUUCAAAUCCACUGCCUGGAAUGUUGAUCACCCCUCAUGACGGGGUGGUACCUGUGGGAGGCCAUGCUGAGCUCAAAAUCCUUUUUACUCCAAAUGCAAAAAUGAGUUUUGAUACAAGAGUGGAGGUAGCAGUGCGAAAUUCGAGAGUACUAGUACUCAGGAUUGUUGGAUUUGUAGAGACCCCUGAAAUAAAGAUUGAUGUGGAACUAUUUGACUUUGGUGGUGUUUAUGUUGAUUCUACAAAAUCAAUUCCAUUUUUGCUUCAGAACAAAGGACAGGCACGUACCAGAGUGGAGUUUGAUUUUUUCAAGUAUAAGGAUUUUAAAUUGAGUGCUAAAGACCAUUCAGUGGUUGAAAGCUGUUCUUCAGAGCCCUAUUUGUAUUCAGUUGACUUAGAGGGAAAGUCAUCUUUGCAGUGCUCGUUGUCCUUCAUGCCAAAAGAGGUGGCAGCGUAUGACUUCACUCUUCCAGUUAAUACUCCUUGGGAUGACUUUCCAUUGCUACAGCAGUGCUCUAUAUCUGCAACUUCUGUUGGGCCUGUAAAGCACACUACUCCUCCGCAGCCACAGACAGUGACUGUGGCUGUUCCAGUCUGUAGAGUUAAAGCAGUUGUACUUAAAUCACCACUGGAGUUCUCCUCAAUGAAACUUACAUUUACACAACAUUCAAGCUGUAUACGUUACAAUAGUCCUGAUGAAAGUCUGAAUUCCCAGGAGCUUGACCUGAAGAAUAUCUCAAGGCAGUAUUUAACAUGGAAAUUGAAUUGUGAUGAUGCAGGCAAAAAUAUAGAAGACGGUAUUUUCAAAUUUAGUCUGCAUGCUGGAUUUCUUGAUCCAGGACAAAAAAUCAGUAUUACUGUAUUCUUCUGCCCUUCUUGUCCUGGGACGUAUGCAUCUGAAGUGUCAGUGUGUCUAGAUGAUAAUCCAUCACAUUACAAAAUAAUCUUGUCUGGUAUUAUGAAGUCACCAAAAAUAAAUUUUGAUCCCCCCUUUUUAAUGCUGAUGCCAGUUCCUCUGGAUGUGAAAACUGAAACAGCCAUCAAUAUUAUUCCACAAGAUUACUUAAGGUCAUCACGAAUUCAAGUUGAACUUCCCGAGCUUGAACUUGAAGAUGGUGACAGGAUUUACCCUUUUUCUAUACAGUUUCCAGAAGGACAAGAUAUAAUUCUUUCAUCAAAUGGCACAAAUAUGGAACUAAAUUGUCAUAUCAGCUUCAGAUCAUCAAAGCCAAUUUCAUCUUUAGGGACCAUAUUCUUCACUGAUGAAGAAGAAAACAGAUUCUCCCUUCAGGUUGCUGCAACAGCAGAGAAUUGCCUUCUUACUUUAUACCCAUAUUUGGCAUUUCACCUCUCUGAUCAACAAGUUACUUUGAUAAGCAAUAGUAAAGACUACAGUAGUGGAGAAGUUGUUCUGCAUCCACGUUACACUCCACAAUCACUUCCCCAUAGUACUUCCUCAAGUUCCUUUGGUGCAAUCACUGAAUCAACCUAUGAAUAUUCCCAGUCAGGUAUAGUAUAUCUUACCCUUGAAAGUGAUGAACAGACAAGUGAAGAGAGUGAAGCUGAUAGUCCAAGUGAUGGGAGAGAAAAUAAAUCUGAAUUAUCAUUUUUUCCUGAUGAGGACAAAGAAGAGUACAUCUUCUUUCAGAAAGCUCUAACCGCUGUUCAGAAUUGGUUCACUCUGUUUGGCUGGCCUAAGGGACCAAAUCCUAUUUCAAUACCAUAUUCACUAAGACGUGAUGUCUGUAAAGACCAGAGGAGUUCUUCUCAAGAAAAUGUUUUUAAACAAAACCUUGGCAAAGAUACUAAGACUGUUUACGACAUGUUAUUCCACCUGAGUGGACAGUUGUUACCCGGCAUUACAUUGAGCCGGUCACUGCCCCUUGAUCCUGUUGAACAAAUUUUACAGCUCCAUUGGCAGCAUUCUACGUUCCUUGCUUUCCUUAAAAGCCAAGGAGCAUGUCUUCCUCAUGUUAUGCCAGAAUUCCUGCUUGAACCUGAUUAUUAUAAGAAGUGGAUUAAAGUGCAAACUCUGUUGAAGGCCCACAUGACUGAGUUGAAACAAGGAGAUGAGAAAAACUCAGAUGUGUUUAGCAACGAACACCUAUUCAUUCUGGAGGACAGCGUAUUUGAGACAAUUAGCAAACGAGCUUGGACAGAUGUGCUACUGCAAGUAUACAAGGUGUUUGUUCUUCCUCGUGUUUCUUCGCGUAAGACCAGUGAUCCGUUCAAUUUGGAAAAUGUGCUGAACAUGCCAAGAAUAAAAUCAGAACCUUUAUCCAGUAACAUAUAUUCUCCAUAUGAGCGAAUCAUCCUUACUUGGUUAAAUAAACAUUAUGAAAAGAAUCGAAAAAUUGUGUGGAAAGAUGGUCAAAAAGGUGAAGUACCACCAAUGAGAUGGAUAGUGAAUUUUGACCGAGAUCUUCUAGAUGGUCUGGUAUUGGCAGCACAGCUGGCAGCUUAUUGUCCAUACUUGAUUGCUACUCACUUUGUAAGGAUGUAUACUAAUGCAAAAACUCCUGCACAGUUUCUGCACAACUGUUUGAUACUUGUGAAUGCUAUGCAUGCUGUCAAUCUGACUAUAGACAUAAAGGCCACUGACAUCUGUGAUCCAAAUCCAGUCAUGAUGCUUAUUCUGUGUGUCUACCUAUAUGAAAGCCUCCCUCACUACUUACCCAAGAAGACUAUAGAAUUUACAGGUGCUCUCCAUGCAACUGUUGUUAAACAGGUGCGUCUGAAAAACCCGAGCAUUAAAACUUUGGUGUAUAACACUAUUCUUGUGGGAAGAGAUGCUGAUGAUUUCUCAUUACCUAAAGGAAACACUGUCAUCAUUUCUUCCAACUUGUGUAUGUGCAGAGAAAGGUCUAGAGGAAUAUCUAAGAUGCCUAAGGAUGUAAAUCUCACAUAGAUACAGAACAAAUUAAAACUUUUGGAACUGAUUGCCCUGAAAAUAAAUCUGGACUUCUUUCAGCAUAUGAAUACUUUUGGAAAUUCUGUUGCAGAGAUGGAUAUAUUAAAAUGCAAAUCCCCAUGUUAUGAGCUGAAGAAAAUUGUCCUAAAUGUUACUAAUCCCUUCAGAACUGAUGGCAUAUUCAGGGUCAUUUUGCUGGAAUCCACAAGUUGCUUAACUCAGCCAGAACAUAUAUAUCAAGCCAGGCAAGUAAAGCAAGAGCAAACAUUCAGUUCUGAAAAUAAUGUAAUAAAUUGUAAAAACAGUGCACUGCCUAAUGAGCCAAAUGAAGAGAACAACUUUAAUUGCUCUGACCAGUCCAGCCUCCUGCAUGAGUUCUUCAGUCCAAUGGAAAAACUAUUCUUGACAGCGAGAAGUUCUGCAGGCUUAGAGAUUCACUUUCUUCCCUUUAAUCUGGAAAAACGUUACUGCACUGUCAUUCUGGUUAAUGAACUGAUUGGAGAAUUUGUAUACCUGGUAGAAGGAACAGGUGAUAUACCUUUACCUUCAGGACUGCUUCCAAUGGAUAGUCCAAAUGUUUUGCAUAUUAGCAGCACAUUAGAAGGUCCAAGUGCAGCAGAGCCGGUUUUAUAUUUGAAAUGCAGUCUUGAGCAGACUCUUGAAGAAAAUCUCAGGAUUCCAUUGAUCAAUGAAUCAAGAGAAAGGGCUCUGGCUAUUGCUGCACAACAGCAAAUGUCAAAUAUUGAAUAUGAAAGAAGAAAGAUCACAGAGACUCUGGAUAGCAGUAGCAUCCGAGUUGCAACUGCAUUGCUAGGGCUGUCCAGAAUAGAGAGAUGUGAACUCCUAAAACCUCAUAAAUUCCCACCAGAGUUGAAGUAUGUGGAUUACAGCGUACAAGUGAGCAUGCAAGAAUUCUUUGACGUUCCUGAGAAACUCUCUAUUCCAGUGUUGGCAUCUAGCAGAGUUAAUUUGAAAGUUCUGUCAGUAAAAGAUGUUUCACCAGAGAAAAUAGAUGGAAGUGAUGCAGUUGAACUUCCUAUAAAAUUCAUUCCUCAGUAUGCUGGUUGCUACUGCUGUGAGAUUCUCUUGAAGUCCUCCCAGGAUAUUCGUGUCUAUGUGAUUAAAUGUGUAGUGAAUACAAACCACGCUGAAGCAGAGAUUGAAUUUCUAACUCCAGCUUACCAGGCAGUGAUACAGGAUAUUCCAAUAAAUAACAUGUCCAGCCAGGACUGGAAAUUUGAAGCAGUUUUGGAAGGACAGGGCUUUCACGGCCCUCCUCUAAUAAAUGUGGGCAUAGGUGAAACAGCUCUGUAUCCUCUCACGUUCAAGCCAGUUGCUGAGUGCUUAUCAAUGGGAAGACUUAUUCUGCGAAAUGUUAUGGCUGGCACUGAAAGCAUCUUUAUCCUUAAGGGAAUAGGGAAGAAACCUCUGGCGCAGGAUCAUAUUGUGAUAGAUUGCCAAGUGAGACAGGUUACUCGAAAAGUAUUAUGGGUGCCCAAUUAUACCAAGAAAAAGUUAACGUACAAGGUAUCUUCAGAUCUUUCAAUGGUGGGUGGUGCACCAAUUCUUACUGUGGAACCAGAUGACACGGUCGCUUACACUUUGAGUGUAUCUCCAUGGAGACGAGGAAUCUUUCAAGGUGUAAUUUCAUUUGUUGCUGAAGAUGCAGACCAACAGCAGUCUCAGCAUAACAGCUCACCAGAGAAGACAGAUGGUGAACAGGCCCUUCAGAAAUUGUCAACAGAGACACCACAAACUGUUGAUAGAGCAAACACAGGAGGAAGUUCUUCAAAUUGCAAAGUGUGGUUUUCCUUAAAGAUUAACAGCACACCUGCAGCACCUGAGAGAAUGAUAGAUGUAAAAUGCAGAGCUCUGAAUACUGUUGGAAUUCAUAUUCCUAUCAUGAAUCCUACAGAUGAAAUUCUCCAUCUGAGUGUGGUGUUGGAGAAUCAGUCACUUUCUGGGCAAAAAUCUUUCACUCUUUCACCUAAACAAACAUUUUUUUAUCAACUAAAGUUUUCUCCAGCUGUCGUUGGCACUUCAGAUGAAAGUGUCAUAUUCCUGUCAGACAUGGUUGGAGAGUUUUGGUAUGCACUGAAGCUGACUGUAGAGAAACCAUUGCCAACUAAUCUGCCUGAAAUAGAAUGUGAGCUUGGAAAAUGGGUUCGUCUACACAUACCUCUCGUUAAUCCUACACGUGAAACUUUGGAAUUAGAAAUUGCUAACAGCAAUCCUAGCAAUUUUUCAACUGAGACUGAUCCAAAACAUCCUCUGAUUGUUGCUCCUCAUUCCACCACUGAAGUACCCGUGCAAUUCUGUCCAUCUACCCUUGGAAGAGGAAAUCACAAGGCAUCAAUAACCUUCAAAUGUUCACAGCUUAUAGAAUGGAUAUUUUACCUGUUGGGGACUGGUCUUCCUCCUCAGUUGAUGGAACCAACUAGCAUAAGUGCGUGCAUUUUCCAGGGUUCUUCUGUCAUCAUAUCCUUCAAAAAUCCAACUUCUGAAAAUGUUCUGGUAGAUGUCAUGCUAACAGGUCAGGAACAGUCCAGUUGUCACCUCAAUGCAUCUGUCCUAACCAAGUUCCCCACUAAGGAAUCUGCUUUCCAUCUUCUGCUCAAACAGACACGAGGAAUUCAAUUAGCUCCAAAAGAAAAACUGGACAUCCCAGUGUUAUUCAUGCCAGAUACAAUGAAAAUGUAUGAGGCUGCGGUGGUAAUUCAUGUAAUGAGGGAAAAUGGUGAAAACUGGCCUUAUGAGGAUUCUGCUGAAUUAAGUAAAGACUUAAAGAGUUUUACUGUGUCAGAGGAUGGGGGUAUUCAGGGAAUACUCUGGACCUAUCCAGUUCAUGGAAUACCUGAAGGACCACAGCAGAAAUUAGUGCCAGCUGUUGUACGUUGUCAAGCCAGGCAGAGAGUAGAAAAAAGAGUAGAAGUGCUGCUAACUGGUGCAGUUCCUGGUGCAACUGCUAUGCCUGCCACAAGAAAUUCUGCAUUGAUCAAUAGACAUAAGCCAGCCAAUAUCCAAGAAGAAGUUCAAGUCACUGAUGGUUUCUCUACAACAGUGGAAUUUCUGUAUGAAUUACAAUAUCAGUCAAAUGAAAUUAAAUCUCAGCUUGAAUCUUUAGUUGGUAUGCAUCUGAUUCAAAGAGAACGGGAUCCAGAAUCUGGAAUUAUAACGCUGAUAUUUAAUAUAGUGUUUGCACCUAACAAACCAAUGAGGAAUGAAGGAACUCUAGUAGUACACUGCACUACAGGAGGUAUUUGGAAGUUUCCAGUGCUGUUCAUUGCUACAGAGCCAGAAGUGGAUGAUGUCAUCAACAUUGAAGCAAUUGGCCUAAAUAAGGAAUCUAUUGUUGAUUUUAAGCUUACAAGCCAGACAAGGUACCCUGAGCCAUUCACUGCAUACUUCCUGGCGGGCAGUGAUCCUGACUUUCUUGUACUGCCGCAAGCUGGAGAACUUCUUCCAGUGGGCACUGUUGGAACUCAUAUAACAGUGGGAUUCAAGCCAAGAAUGUAUGGCAAGAAGCAUAAAGCAACACUUGUAAUUCAGACUCAAUCAAUGCAGUGGACAUACGAAAUCAAUGGCCUGCCUCCACAGACCACACCACCUACAAGACCAGCAAAAGUAGUUUCUACUAGCGGUUACAUAAGAUCAGCCACAGUUCGACAGCGCAAUUUCUUACGUGAAAAUCUGAAGCUUACAACCACUGGGGUAUCCUCACCAAUCAAGGGGGCACCUUUAGUCCUGAGGACAAAAUAG